CGCGAGGCUUCAUACUUCACCACACACGUCAACACAAACCUCGAGACGCCCUUCUCAACCACGCGCUCAACCCCGAACCCAUAAAGACCAGAGGAAGAAGGAAGCGUCACUUUGACUCUGACGAGACUUCUUUGACAAACAUGUCCAAGCAACAAACCUAUCCAGAGGACUCUCUCAGGAUGGUUCUUAUUGGGAAAACUGGAGCUGGGAAAAGUGCAACAGGAAACACCAUCUUAAGGGAGAAGGUUUUUCAGUCAUCAGUUUGUUCCUCCUCAGUGACGGCAGUGUGUAAGAGAGUAGCAGGGAAGGUUCAGGGUCAAACACUGGAGGUGAUUGAUACUCCAGGUCUGUUUGACACCAAGCUGAGUCAAGAGAAGGUGACGGCAGAAAUCAUUAAGUGCAUCGCAUACGCUACUCCUGGACCUCAUGUGUUCCUGAUCAUCGUCAAGCCAGACAGAUUCACCAAAGAAGAAGAAGAGACAGUGAAGAUCCUUCAGAAGCUGUUUGGAGAACAGUCUGCACGUUACACCAUGGCCCUGUUCACCCGUGGAGACGAUCUGGAGGCAGACAACGUCUCCAUAGAAGACGUCAUUGGUAACAAUAAGGCUCUCAGAGCCUUCCUCCAUCAGUGCAAAGGAGGAUACCAUGUUUUUAACAACAGAAAGGAAGAUCCUGCUCAGGUCCAUGAGCUGCUGAAGAAGAUCAACACAAUGGUUGAGAGAAAUGGAGGAAGCUACUACUCCAACGAGAUGCUCCAAGAGGCUGAGAAAGCUGUAGAAGAAAAGAUGAGGGAGCUUCUGAAGGCUGAACCACAGAGGGACCAGGAUGAUGCAAGAAGUGAAGCAAAAGAACAUGUGGCUGAAAGUGGAGCCCUUAUUGGAGCAGGUGUUGGCGCUGCUUUUGGGCCGCUUGGGGCGGCAGUUGGAGCAGUAGUGGGACUUUUGGUUGACACACUGAAAAAUGUGUGUGUCAUACAGUAAUAUUUAAUAUCAAGGAGUCAUCAGCUCAUUGCAGCUAAAUGAAAAUAGUUAGAUACAAAUAAAAAAAUCGAAUCGUUAAAACAGUAUUUUAUCAUGUUUGUAAGGUCACUGUGACCUUGAGUGAUUUGUGAUUUGUGAAUGUGGGCUAUACAAAUACAAUUUGAUUGAUUGAUGGAGUCUAAGUGACAUUUUGUACCAAGUUUGACAAAAUUGCCUCAAUUUUGAGAUGUCCAGAAAGUGGACAUAUCAACAGACGUACGGACAAAGGGACAACCUAAUAACCUGAACCACCUGAAAAUAAUCAUGGAAACACUUUAAAUUUGAUUUGAUCUUAAUGUUUAUCAGAGAAUGUAUCAUCUGUCCCAGGAGAUGGUUUUCUACUGAAGAGUUUUACUAAUCACUACUCACGUGAUUAAUGACGUCACACACGGGUUAGGGUUAUGUGUAAUAUGUGAUUUAAAACCGGAGAGGACCUGAUUAGCUUAAAUGAUUCUGUCAUGAAAAAUUUGGAACAGUGUGAAUAGAAUAAGAUUUUUUUGGCCUAUGUCCACCAUCUUGAGUGUUAGUUAAUGUCAAGGAGCUGAGAUGACACAAACAAAUAAAGGUCGGUGCCUAAAUACAA